AUGGCGUCUCGGCCCUGUGCCCUGCUCCUGGGAGGCACGGUCAGCUCCAGCUUGGACAGCGACUACCAAACAAAUGACAAGUGCUGCGCCAAAGCCUUCAUGUCGGGAUGUCCGGAUUACAAAAGGGACCACUUACCUAAAGUUCAGCAACACACCUCGUACAUAGGAGAAAAGAGUCCAGAGUCAGAAAAGACGGGAGACCUCCUGUACCUAUGGAGACCUGCCUCAGACCGAAGUGUGCCAGCCAAGUACAAGCACGAAUACGUCGGGGAGGUCGGCUGGGGCAUCCCCAAGUACAACUUCAUCAACAAGUCAAGGCGCGCGAGUGGCUUCCAUAUCAAGUAUGGAGAACUAAGUCUUGAUGCUAUAGAUAAAUUAACCCACAGAUUUCAAAACCCAUGGCAGCCGAAGCCAUCCAUCCUGGACCAGCAGGGCAGAUACAGCCGCGCCUUCCUGGCCUGGCAUGUGGGCGACCAUGAGGACACCCACCAGAGAGACUCUGAAGGGGCCGCUCUCGUCAGGCAGAGUAAAUCUUCACCAAGAAAGGCCCAGCCCCCAAGGCUGCCAGCAUUAGCAACGAAGGAAGAGGCCAGCCCACGUGACCCCACCCUGCCUGGGCCCACAGUGCCAGUGGGCUUCUCCCUGAGGGAGCUGGCCAUGCAGGACUGUGAGGCAAACUUCGUGCGGCAGCGGGCUGGGCAGACUGGUCACUGUUCAGGACCCCAGAUGGCGUGA